AAAACUGAAAAGCUCUCUCUCUCUCUCUCUCUCUCUCUCUCUCAUCGUCUGCACAUUGGAUGUGAAUCGUUAGAUUUCUGAAGAUUAUGCAUGUUUGGCGUUUUUCUUCUCAAGAAAUUUAAUCGCUGCACAGAGAGUCUGCUGCUGGAGAGUUAUUUUUGCUCCAAAUUUCGCUAAAAUUUGAGUGAUAUUUUUUUUGAAGCGGAGAGCUGUUUGAGCCUGUGAUUCGUUCGAUUUUGAAGUUCAAAUCGAGAUCUCAUAGCAUCGCGUCACUGAUUUACAGUUAGAAAUCACAUUACGAAGCUCUGUGUUUGUGCGGCGUCUGAGAAUCUGGAGGUUGCUUGGAAAUUGGCUGUGCCCGUUUGAUUUGUGAGACCAGUAGCUACUGAAGAUGGAAGCAUAGAAAUACGAAAUUCAAGAAGAAAUUGUGUUUAAUUCGUAUCAGUGUUGUGAAGUGUGAAUUGUUUGGUGACAUUGAUUUGUCUGAGUUGGCUACAAUGGGUUUCGACCUUGGCUCUGUUUCGGCAGAGAUAGGAAAGGUUUCUACAUCUGACCAUACGUCAGUCGUUUCAAUGAACUUGUUUGUGGCGCUUCUCUGCGCUUGCAUUGUGAUUGGGCAUCUAUUGGAAGAGUCCCGGUGGAUGAAUGAGUCAAUUACUGCACUUUCAAUCGGUCUGUGCACAGGUGUUGUGAUUCUGCUCACUACCGGAGGAAAAAGCUCACGUCUUUUAGUUUUCAGCGAGGAUCUUUUCUUCAUUUAUCUUCUUCCGCCUAUCAUAUUCAAUGCUGGAUUUCAGGUAAAGAAGAAGCAGUUUUUUCGCAACUUCAUGACUAUUAUACUGUUCGGUGCAAUUGGUACUUUAAUAUCCUGCGGCAUCAUAUCACUGGGUGCUAUACACUUCUUCAGUAAAAUGAAUAUUGGUUCCCUUGAAAUAGGAGAUUAUCUUGCCAUUGGAGCAAUCUUUUCUGCAACGGAUUCUGUUUGCACCUUGCAGGUCCUUAAUCAAGAUGAGAGACCUUUACUAUACAGUCUGGUUUUUGGCGAAGGUGUUGUAAAUGAUGCUACAUCAGUGGUACUUUUCAAUGCAAUCCAGAGUUUUGACCUGUCAAAUACAAACUCAAGUAUUGCCUUGCAGUUUGUUGGCAACUUCUUGUAUUUAUUCAUCGCAAGCACUGUGCUAGGAGUUAUAGCUGGACUGCUUAGUGCAUACAUUAUUAAAAAGCUGUAUUUUGGAAGGCACUCUACAGAUCGUGAGGUUGCUAUAAUGAUACUCAUGGCUUACCUUUCGUAUAUGCUUGCUGAAUUAUUCUAUUUGAGUGCCAUUCUCACAGUUUUCUUUUGUGGAAUUGUCAUGUCCCACUACACCUGGCACAAUGUAACUGAAAGCUCAAGAGUCACCACCAAGCAUGCUUUUGCGACACUGUCAUUUGUUGCCGAGAUCUUUAUUUUUCUUUAUGUUGGCAUGGAUGCAUUGGACAUUGAAAAGUGGAGAUUUGUAAGGAGCAGCCCAGGGAAAUCAGUAGGAGUGAGUGCGAUACUAUUGGGACUGAUUCUAGUUGGAAGAGCAGCAUUAGUUUUCCCCCUAUCCUUCCUAUCAAACUUGACUAAGUACUCUUCAAGUGAAAAAAUCAACAUAAAGCAGCAAGUUACAAUUUGGUGGGCUGGUCUAAUGCGAGGUGCUGUAUCUAUGGCGCUUGCAUAUAACCAGUUUACAAGGCUAGGCCAUACUCAAUUGCGAGGGAAUGCGAUCAUGAUCACUAGCACUAUCACAGUUGUCCUCUUCAGCACAGUGGUGUACGGGUUAAUGACUAAACCUCUUGUGAGAUUUUUGCUGCCUUUGCCGAAGCACUUGAGCAGCAUGGUUUCUCCAGAGCCAUCCAGUCCUAAAUCAUUCACAGUUCCACUUAUUGCCAAUGGGCAGGACCCAGAAGCUGACUUAUUGGGUACCCAAAACGUGCUUCGCCCCACCAGCUUACGCAUGCUUCUGACCACCCCAAGCCAAACUGUCCACUGCUAUUGGCGAAAAUUUGACAAUGCAUUCAUGCGACCUGUUUUUGGUGGGCGAGGUUUUGUACCUUUUGUUCCUGGCUCACCCACCGAACAAACUGAUCAACAAUGGCAGUGACAAAACAGAUCCAAAGAGAGUACACACAUACAUACAUACAUACCAAUUAAUACUAAUUUCACGUUAUAGGGUUUUGGUUUUGGUUUUGAUUUCGUUUUGGGGGGUGAAUAUGAGUUUUAGUGCCGGGGGUGAGAGAGCAUUUUGUUUUGUUUUUUUGUUUUUUAACACUGGUUGCUUUUGUUUUAUUUGGGCGACUUUGAUAGAAUUUUUAUUUCACUAAUUUAUGUUUUUCGAGAAUUUGGGAAGGGCUGUGUUUAAUGCAUUAUUCACGUUUGUAAUGGCUUUUGACAAGUAGCUGUGUUAAUUGUUUGGUGUAUCUGGAUUUGACUAGCGUGGAUUUUGACAAGCCCUGUUUGUCCUCUGUAUUUUGAAAUGGAUUUGACUAUGGCGGAAUAGCUUC